AUGUUUCGCCCAGAAGUGUCCACCGCUCACAACGUCCAGGGCCGUCACGCAGCAGACAGAUAUCGUCUCCAUCUACAUCGCGCACGCUCAGUCAUCUUGACUGGUCCAGAGCUGGUUGAAAUCCGCGCAGCACAGCGAACAUUCGAAGGCGCCUACGUCCGUACAGCAAUCGGCCAGUUUUCUUUUGCGCUUGUCGUGCUAAAGAUCUUCACCGCCGAGUUCUACUCGAUCGGUGCGCUGUUCGCUGUCUACGGUGCUGGCAUCUUGUUCAUCAGUUUGUUCCGGCGACAACAAGGAAACAAACAGUUCUUCUCAGAAGUCGGUGAGGAUGGCCUGCACAGGAAGAAGUUCCGAACAUCCGGCAAUGUGGUGUCUGUGUUGACAGCCUUGAGCGUCUCAGCGUACAUCUGCCUGCUGGUUCUGACGCUGAAGCUUACGACAUAG